AUGACUGCAGCUACGCUGAACAAUACCUCCAAGAAUAAUAGCAAGGAAUAUGAUGGAGUGGAUCCAUCUGUUCUCAAUUUGAAAGACUUUUUGUGGUCCAAGCAAGAUGAGCCACACUGGAAGAGAAAGAAGGAAAUUUUGAAACGUUAUCCACAAAUCAAAGAACUCUACGGAAUUGAUCCUGCCACCAAGUACAAGAUCACUGCUCUUGUUUUGAUUCAAUUCUUGAGCUGCUACCUUCUUGUUACAUACCGUCCUGCUUGGUAUGUGUGGCUUGCUGUGAUGUGGAUCAUUGGUGGAACUUGUAAUACUAGUUUGACAGUCGGUAUUCAUGAAUUGACACACGGAUUGGGAUUUGAAAAGUUUGAAUACAAUCUCUACAUGGCAAUCUUUGGUAAUCUUCCACUCGGAGUGCCAUACACAAUGUCCUUCAAACGUUAUCAUCAUGAUCACCAUAUGUACCAAGGAGUGGUUGGUGUUGACACUGAUAUUAGUACUCGUAUUGAAGCUUUGCUCAUCCAAUCCAAGUGGACCAAAUUCAUUCACGUCUUCUUUAUGGUCUUCUUUUACAGCUUGAGACCAAUCUUUGUUGCACCAAAGAAAUUAACUUUUUAUGAAUGGGUGAACAAUGUUAUUGUGAUUGCCUUCAUGGCUGCAAUUUAUUACUUGUCGGGAACAUGGUUGGCUCCUUUCUACUUUUUGGGUUCAAGCUUUUUGGGAUUGGGUCCUCAUCCAUUGAGUGGACACUUUAUUUCUGAGCACUAUGUGACAAAACCUGGUCAAGAAACUUAUAGCUAUUAUGGACCAGGAAAUUGGCUCAUGUUCAAUGUUGGAUAUCACAACGAACAUCAUGAUUUCCCAAAGAUUCCAUGCUGCAAUUUACCAAAAGUGAGACAAGUAGCACCAGAAUUUUACAAUAAUUUGAAGACUAUUGAUUCUUGGGCCUAUGUUUUGUGGGAAUAUAUUACCACAGAUGGUUACACUCCUUUCAACAGAGUCACAAGAACAAUGGAAACUCAUCGAAGUGCAAGACAAGAAGACAAUAAGAAGGAUAAUUAA